AAAUAUUUAACAAAUGCAAAGAAGAAAGCAGUGUCUCCCUCGCAGUGUUUAUAUGCUAUGUGUGCUAUGCCUUGGUAACCUUGGCAACCUGACCGGACACGGAUGUGGAAAAAUGAUGGACACGUUCUCGUGGCCAAUAACUGCUCUCACUGGAGAAAACAAGGAGGUGGAGAAAGAGAGAGGGGAAAAGAGAGAGAGAGGAGAGCUGUAUCUUAGAUGUUCUCAGGAGAGUGCUCUGCACAGUAGACAGUUCAUCAAAUUCUUGGAUACUUCAGAGGAGGUAAAGGAAUUUGCCAUCAUGAGCCUCAGGGUGAGUGUGUUGCUAUUGGCUGUGGCCAUGGUGACAGUGAUGGGCCAGAGAAGACGCCCCAGUAAGCCCGUAACAACGAGCAACGAUGAAUGGAACUACCGUGAUGGCUCAGAGAAGGUGAAUAUGCGUGGUGUGUCCAACCUCACUGAGAUUUUAGACAACUGGAGAUUUGACAUCCUGAAGGAGAUGAAGAAUCUUAUGCAGAAUGACCACCAGUCCCUGCUGCCUGACUAUGCCAGAAUUCAACCACUGUCUGAGGCUUUGGAUGACCUGUACAAAGAGUUCAACGCCUUAAAGGCACAUCUCGGCGAUCUGACUGAGAAGUUUGGACCCAUCGAGACAUUCAUCGACGAGCUGAAGGCAGAGAGGGCAUCGGGUGGCGUGGCGCGGGCCAGCACCCCUCAGGCUGACCCAUCUGCACCCAACCUGGCUCCCGCUGCGCCCACUCGGAGAAGGAUCCUCAAGAAGAAGACAACAACAACCUCCUGAGCCUUCCCACCACCAACAUAACAGUGCUGGCACUCUGCAUCUGUUCACAGGAAACCGCCAUGAUUGAUUCAUGCGGAUUUCCUCAAGCUUCUCUAAAAUUACUCUUAUAUUUUUUCUGCAUGUUGCUAGGAAGCAGGUAAUACACAUUCUACUGCGCUGACCAUGGAAGGCCAUCAGAGAGGCUGUGGUCUACAAGGGAAAUGGUUUAGGCAGAUGAGGUUAGGGAACUGGAGGGGAAAGCCGUUUUUAUAGGUUAUAAUCAAUGGUGCUUUUCAUAGUUCACAUCCUCUUUGGCAGACCGGUUAGUGUCCAUUUGAAAUAAGUGGAAGCAGCCUGUCAUUGUGUAAUGUUAUAGAAUUGGCUAGAUAAUGACACCACUCUAACACACUAAAUGUUUACCUAGUGAUAAUAUAUGUUGUAAAUGAUUAUUUGUGGUUUUCCUUUUACAGUAAAAUGGCAUCUUCCCACAGACAUAACCAUAAUCUCUUUGAAUCACAUUAUGCUAUGCAAUGCAAUUGCUAUGCAAAUAUUACGCACAUGAUUCUGUAAGGGUUUUACGGUGCUUCAUCUCUCUUGGCUCAUAUUUGCUGCUUAAUUUCUCUUGGCUCAUAUGUUUAUAUUACAGUUUAGUGUCAGCAACAAAUAAACAAUAAUCUGUUGGCA